UCUUCUUCAUCGCACUCUCUUCAAUAUUUGAGUCUUGGCAACAACCGUCUACAGGGAACCAUCAUCAGCGAAAUCUGCAAAAUCAAGCAGCUGAGUGAAUUGUACAUAACUGAGAACAAGCUAAUUUCUGGAGAGGUUCCAACUUGCUUUGGUAAUCUUACUUCUCUAAGAAAACUUUACUUGAACUCCAACAAACUCAGUAAGGUGAAUUCUUCUCUUUGGAGCCUCAGAGACAUUCUUGAGGUGAACUUGUCUGACAAUGCUUUAACUCUGUGUCUUUCAAUUGAAAUUGGGAACUUAAAGGCUGUGACUUUCUUGGAUCUAUCAAAGAAUAUGAUCUCAGGAAGCAUUCCUGGGGCCAUUUCUGGAUUGCAAAAUUUGCAAAUUCUCAACUUAUCACAAAAUAAAUUGGUAGGGGGUAUUCCUGAUUCACUUGGAAGUUUGAUAAGUUUGACAGAUUUGGACUUAUCUCAAAACAACUUGUUUGGCUUGAUUCCAAGAUCACUGGAGUCACUUCAUUAUCUUGAAUUCAUCAAUCUUUCUCAUAAUAGUUUGGAAGGAGAGAUUCCGAGUGGUGGACCUUUCAAAAAUUUCACUGCUCAAUCUUUCAUGUUUAAUAAAGCACUUUGUGGAAAUGCCAGAUUACAAGUCCCAGCAUGCAGUAAAGUAAAGAAGAAAGGAUCAAAUGCAAACAUAUUCUUCAUCAAAUGCAUAUUGCCUAUAAUGGUUUCAAUCAUUCUAGUUGUUUUCUGUGUGUUUUUUCUCGUCAAGCGUCGAAGAAAGAAUGGUGGUGAUACUAAUGAAGGAACAUUAUCAGCAUUACCAACAGCUAGAAUGAUUUCGUACUAUGAACUAUCACAGGCAACUAAUGGUUUUGAUGAGAGUAAUUUGCUUGUUAGGGGCAAUUUUGGCUCUGUGUUCAAAGGUUUACUUUCAAAUGGGAUGGUGGUUGCUGUCAAAGUGUUUAACUUGGACUUGGAAUUAGGAUCAAAGAGCUUCAGUGUAGAAUGCAAAGCAAUGCGCAAUCUGCGCCAUCGAAAUCUCAUGAAGAUCAUAGGUUGUUGUUCAAGUAUAGAUUACAAGCUUUUAGUGAUGGAGUUCAUGCCUAAUGGGAGCCUUGAGAGAUGGUUGUAUUCUCAUAACCAUUGUUUGGACUUCUUGCAAAGGCUAAAUAUAAUGAUAGAUGUGGCAUCUGCAUUGGAGUAUCUGCAUCAUGGAUCUUCACCUAUAGUGGUUCAUUGUGAUGUCAAACCUUGUAAUGUCUUAUUGGAUGAAGACAUGGUUGGCCAUGUCAGUGACUUUGGCAUUGCCAAAUUGCUUGGCGAGGGACAAUCCAAAGAAUAUACCAAGACCAUGGCUACAGUUGGCUACAUUGCACCGGAGUUUGGAUCCAAAGGGAUUAUCUCUACAAAGGGAGAUGUAUACAUUUUUGGGAUAAUGCUGAUGGAAACAUUCACAAGAAAGAAGCCAACAGAUGACUUGUUUGUUGCAGGAUUAAGCAUGAAAGGUUGGAUUAGUGAAUCAUUGUUCUCAGUUAUGUACAAUUCACUCAGCUGCUUGAUUUUGCAGAUUUCGCUGAUGAUGGUUCCCUGCAGACGGUUGUUGCCAAGACUUAAAUAUUGA